AUUGGGCCGCGCACAUGUCCCGUUUGGCUACGACCCCUUCCCUACAUUUAAAUGAGCCCGCUCACUACCUCCCACAAGUCUCGCAUUCGGAGGCUCCAACUCCAGAGCUCUCCAUCUAGUGUCCAGCAGCACCAUCACCAAAAUCACUAAUUCUUGUCCUCUCUCACUUCCCUCUUAUCAUCAUUGCAUUUCUGAAUUGCCAGGGUCAUCAUUUGUGUUACUCGAUCCGUCUGAGCUCUCACAAGUUGCUUUGUCGACGAUCUAUCUGCACGCAAUGGCUUCAUCUAACACCAUGUCAAUCGCAUCUGCGUUGUGCCUGGUGACUCUAUUUGCCUCCGUGAUCGUUCAGGUUGCUGCCCAAGAGCCAGCUUCGGCCCCCACGGCCACGCCUCCAGUUGGAGCUCCAACAGUACCCCCUCCCGCUGGGUCUCCUUUCCAGCCACCCACCAGUUCUCCUCCCGCUGCGUCGGGUCCAGCUUCAGUUCCUCCUCCACCACCAUCACCCUCAGCUGAGACCCCCACUGCCACAGACUCUCCUCCCGCCGCUGCAGGACCCGGACCCGCCACAUCCCCAUCUAGCGAUGCCUUCACCGUGGCACCGACUGUUUCGAUUGUGUUGAUGAGCACCCUUGCUUACCUUCUUUACUAGAUCUCGGGGUAAUGAGGCUUAGCAUUCACGUCAGGAUUAGUCAUGGAGCUGCUGUAUCCACGGACGAGGAAGUGAUCCCAAGACAUUAUUGGCAGGACACAUUGUUAAUCUAUUCAUGUAAUGUGCUGAUCAAGGAAGCGCUGAAUAACUAAAAUCCUUUUAUUUAGGGAUUCGAUUGUGGACUGGAACUGUUUAUUAAAAUACAUGUGUACCGGAGUUGCAAAUA